AUGUAUCAAUCAUCUCUUUCCACAAAGGACCCCAAUCCGCCAGCAUCCCCAACUAAGACCCCAUCAACAACCUCACCUCAACAACCACACAUCAUACCCGCAACCUCAGCCCACACUCACACAAUAAUCUUCCUGCAUGGCCGCGGCAGCGACGCCGAAACCUUUGCCGAAGAACUCUUUGUGUCUCGGACUGCUGAUGGUCAAUAUUUCACUACCCGGUGCCCUGGCUUGAAAUGGGUAUUCCCAUGCGCUCCAAAGAGUCACUCGGCACUCGACCAGGAAGAAGUGCAUCAAUGGUUCAAUAUGAGUUCUGUCCAGCGGCCGCAGGAGGAUGUCGAGGUACAGCGGCCCGGGCUAUGGGAGAGUGUUGCAGCGCUGCGACAGGUGAUGGAAGAGGAGGCUCAGAGGGUGGGUGGUAUGCAAAAUAUCAUCCUCGCAGGCAUCUCUCAGGGCUGUGCGACGGCGAUUUUCACGCUAUUGACCAGUGGAUGGGGUGUUGGUGGGUUUGUCGGGUUAGCUGGGUGGUUGCCAUUAGUGGAAGAGAUGAGGGAUGUGAUGAAUGUGCCCGGGAGAAUGAAGCAUUUUGUGGGGACGCCGGUGUUGUUACAGCACUGCAGGGAUGACGAGGUGGUGCCUAUCUGUAACGGCGAAAGAUUGAGGGAUAAAUUAGAGGAAUGGGGUAUGCGGGUACAAUGGCGAGAUUUUGAAAAGGGAGGGCAUUGGUUGCAAGAACCUGAGGGCAUGCAUGAGGUUGUAGAAUUCAUGCUCAAGUGUAUGGGUGCCAGUGAAAAUCAGUAA